GUAAACUUUCACUUAAAGCACAAUAAAAGAAAAAAGAUGUGAAAAAAAAUCCAAAUCAUAAGAAAAAAAAAGAGUAAAUGAAAAUUAAAAACAAAUGCUUUAAAGACUUGGUAAUAACAUAGGAAAUUAUUAUUAUGACAUUAGGUGGAAGGAAGUAGGAUACAAAAUUAUUUACACAGCAUUAUCCCAGAUAUUUAAAAAAGAAGUAUAGAAAUAUACUAAAAUAUUAACAAUGCCUCUUUCUUCUAGGCAGUGGGACUAUAGCAUAAUAAUUUUAUUAUUUUUAAUUUGUGUAUAUUCAAAAUAUCCCAUAAUAAAACAGUUGUAUAGUGAAUAAGUGGAUGUAUUUUGAAAGUGUUGCUAGUAAAAUUAAUUUCUAUGAUUUAAAUGUUUUCCCAUCGUUCUAAAAUUAUACAGUAUCUCUUUUAUCUCCAGGUGGAAUGUCAGACAUCUGGAAGAGCUUUUUCCCUCCUCAUACUGCUAGUCUUCAGCAAGAUAAUCCCUCUUAACCCUGAUAAUCCCUAUUAACCCUCCAUGCCUUUUUCAUCAAGUCCAAAGAAGGUAUACUUUCAUUUUCUCAAAGAAAAGGCAAAAGGUUUAGCCAGUGGCAUUUACCAUCAUGGAGACCAAGUGCCAUAACACCCCCCAGGACAGACGCCCGCCCUCCAGCUGUGGGAGGGCUGCAGAGGAACAGAAUCAUCAGCUGAUUGAAGCUACUGAAAGAGGAGAUGUGGAGAAGGUCCAGCAGUUGCUGGAAAGAGGGGCUGAUGUCAAUUUCCAGUGGAAAGGGGGCUGGACGCCCUUGCAUAACGCAGUGCAACAUUGCAGGGAGGACAUUGUACAUAUUCUGCUUCAUCACGGUGCCGACCCUUGUAUGAGGAAGCACAAUGGGGCCACUCCCUUCAUCCUCGCUGGGAUUGUGGGAGAUGUGAAUUUGCUACAACUUUUCCUUUCCAAAGGAUCAGAAGUCAAUGAGUAUGAUUCAAAUGGCUUCACAGCUUUCAUGGAAGCCGCGGCCUAUGGUAGAGUAGACGCCUUAAGAUUCCUGCAUGAGAAAGGAGCAGAUGUGAAUUUGAGGCGAAAGACAAAGGAGGAUCAAAAGAAGCUUGGGAAAGGAGGGGCCACAGCUCUCAUAGAUGCUGCGGAAAAAGGCCACCAAAACGUCUUGACAAUCCUACUUGAUGAGAUGGGGGCAGAUGUUAAUGCCCGUGAUAAUAUGGGCAGAAACGCCUUGAUCCAUGUGCUUCAGAGCUGUCGCGAUGGGAAGGUGAAGGCCGUUACUGCUGAGACCAUCACUCGCCUUCUGCUGGACCGCGGAGCAGAUGUCAAAGUGAGAGGAGAAGGAAAGAAAACACCUCUGAUCUUGGCGGUGGAAGCGAAGGAGUUGGGUUUGGUGCAGAUGCUUCUGGAACAAAAACAUAUAGAAAUUAAUGACACAGACAGCGAGGGCAACACAGCACUACUGUUUGCAGUCAAACUGGGACUGAUGGAAAUUGUCUGUUUGCUGCACCACCACGGAGCCAGCCUGGAUUGUGGGGAUCUUGUUAUGAUAGCGAAGCGGGAUUACAAUUAUCCCCUUGUACAGUUUCUUCUCAGAGAAGGAGCCAGAGAAGAUUUUCACCCUCCUGCUGAGGACUGGGAGCCUCAGAGUUCACGUUGGAGGGUGGCCCUGAAACAUCUCCAUGGGAUGUACCGCCCUAUGAUUGGCAAACUCAAGAUCUUUAUUGUUGAAGAAUAUAAAAUUGCUGACACUUCUGAAGGGGGCGUCUACCUGGGACUCUACAAUGGGCAAGAGGCAGCUGUGAAGCGAUUCUGCAAAGACAGCAAACAGGCACAGAACGAACUCUCCUGUCUGGCACUCAGCCGAGGGAGCAAUUGCUUGGUGACGUUCUAUGAGACCGAGAGCCUAAAGGACUGUUUGUAUGUGUGCCUUGCCCUCUGUGAACGAACCCUGCAGGAGCACUUUGACAUGCACAGAGGGGAAAAAGCUGCGGAAAAAGAAGAAGGUGAAAAGGAGGAAGAUGAGUUUGCCCAGAAUGCUCUGUUAUCUAUAUUUAAGGCUCUUCAAGAACUACACCAGAAUGGUUACACUCACCAGGAUCUGCACCCACAAAACAUCUUAAUAGAUUCUAAGAAUGCUGUUCGCCUGGCAGAUUUUGAUAAAAGCAUCAAGUGGACUGGAGAUCCACAGAAAAUCAAGACAGAUCUACAGGCCCUUGGACGGCUGGUCCUAUAUGUGGUAGAGAAGGGAGGCAUCCCUUUUGGGGAGCUGGAGGAUCAAAGGGAUGAAAAUGUGGUUCAACGUUCUCCAGAUGAAGAAUCUAGGGAUCUCAUUUAUCGCCUGUUUUGCCUUGGGCAAAACUUGCAGAGAUCACUGAGUAACUUGCUGGGUCACCCCUUCUUUUGGAGUUGGGAGAGCCGCUAUAGGACCCUUCGGAAUGUGGGAAAUGAAUCCGACAUCAAAAAACGAAAAACUAAUAGUGACAUCCUCCAAAUACUGCAACCAAGGCCACCUAAACAUUCCACAAGUUUUGCCGAGUGGACUACUAAGAUCGACAAAUCUGUUAUGAGUAAAAUGAACAUGCACUAUAGAAAAACACGCAAUUUCUAUCGGAACACUGUGGGUGAUCUGCUAAAGUUCAUCCGGAAUCUAGGAGAGCAUAUUAAUGAAGAAAAGAAUAAAGAUAUGAAGUUGAAAAUUGGAGAUCCUGCCUGGUAUUUUCAGAAGACGUUUCCGGAUCUGGUGGUCUAUGUCUAUACAAAACUACAGGACACAGAAUACAAUAAACAUUUUCCCAAAACCCAGGAUCCUCACAACCCUCAAUGUCAUGGAGGUGGCAAUGUCAAGCAGGCUAGGGGCCCUGAGUGCUGACUGAGCCUUUCCCAGGUUCAUGGACGAGGAACUUAUCAGCUGUGUAAUCCUUGGCAAGCCACAAUUCUCUGGGCCUCUGCUAUCUAGCCAGGUUGAUGCUUGUGAGGCGUGGGAUGGAUAGCUCAUUGUCAGUUCCUGGCAUCUGGCAUUCCACACAUGUUCAUAACAAAAACAGUUUAUACCCAAACCACCCUAGUCAACUUCAGCGGAAAAGCUUAGGAGUGAGUGCCUAGGCCCUUUGUGUUGUAGGUUUUACAUAAAUUAACUCAUGUAAUUUUCCCAACUGCCCUGCAAGAUAGGGUUUAGUAUCCCCAUUGAAGAACUGAGGAAACUGAGAUUCAGAGAGUUUCAGCUACUUCACCAAGAUCAUACAACAUUUACAGAGCACUGGAUAAACGGUUGUGGUGCUAUUGUUGUGGUGCACCUAUGAACUAAAAUACCAGUCCAGAGCUCUUCUGGAUGAUAUCCAAAAGAAAUUUGUCAAGGUGCUCUCUACAGAGCUCAUUCAUUCAUUCAUUCACUCAAUAUUUAUUGAGCACCUAGUCCAAUUAUCUGAAACUAAUUGUAUGUAUUUCAUUCCUUCUAGAACCACUCACGCUGGUUUUCUAUGACCUUCGGCAAUAGUUUCAACUGGGGGCAAUUUUGCCCCCCAGAGCCAUUGACAAUGUCUGGAGACAUGUUUGGUUGUCACAGCUGGGGCAGGGAUGCUACUGGAAUCUUGUGAGUAGAGGCUGGGAUGCUGUUAAACAUUAUAUGAUGCACACAACAGCUUCCUGUGACAACAAAUUAUCUGGCCCCAAAUGUUAGUAGAAUGGAGGUUGGAAAAUUCUUCCUUAAGAGGCUGGGCAGCUUUUGAACUUGCAGGAGCCUAGCACCAUAGAGUGUGUGGACCACUGCCAGAAUGAUUAGGGUUUGAUUUGCUGUUGGAUCUGUACUGAGACAGUUCCAGUGUUACCCCCUCAGAAGUCUUCCGGCCACCCUCACUGCCCAACCCCAGUCUGAGUGCUCCUCCUAGCUCCCUGGCACCCAGAGCCACAGCAAAGUCUGUAUCUCUCCACCUUGUAGUUCUGUUGUCCCCACUGGCAUCUAACCUCCUUAGGGCCAAUGACUACCUUUUUUUUGAGUUUGUAUCUUCACCACCUAGUAAAGUGUCUGUCACAUGAUAAUGCUCAGUAAUGUUCACUGAAUAAUGAAUGAAUCAUCUUUGUACAUAAAUGAUAACAUGCCUUACAUUUUUAUGGUGUUCUGUAUUUUAUAAAUUAGAUCAGCGUAUUUUAUCUCUUUUGUUUUUGGAAGAAUCCUGUAAGGUAACUGUUGUUAUCUUCACUUUGCAGAUGAGGAAACUAAGGUUAGAAACAUGUUGAAUUAUUCUAUGGUAUAUAGCUAGGAAGUGCCAUUGUCUUGAUUUGAACCAAUUUUUUGGCGCAAAGUCUGAUGUUCUUUCCACUUGUCCUCGUGGUGGUUGUGAAGAUGGAGCUUUAUAACAGAGAAGCUGGUAAUACACUGUAUCUUAGGUUCUUUCUGAAAAGGAGGUGGUCCAUUAAUGGAUAAAUGGGUGUCACUGAAUGAAAACAAGAAGUUCUGGAGGAAACAAACUUCAAGCUUUUCUCAAAGAUUUUAUGAGCCACAAAAUUGCUUUAGGCUUUAAAAUUAAGUUUUGGUUUUUUGAUUUGUACUGAGUACCUGGCUAUGUAAUCAAAAUGCCCAUUUGUGAAGUUUAUUCAAUAAAACUUUGAAUCAUCUUAUUAAACUUGAUUUUCUUUGAAUGAAAUUUCCACUUUACAGAGUAGUGAUAUCUUGGAUAAGUUUUAAGAAAGGGCAUCCUGCUCUUUAAUAAUGGGAAACAGAGCAGAUUUUCAGCGUCACAGUUAUUCUGGGACUAUGUGGCCCUGGGUGUCCUUGCAAAGAGAGAAGGAAGGGACUGAUGAUUUUACCUUCUGCAUUCACUCUCUAAGGGUCUUUUUUGACACAGGAAAUCUUUCUCACUCAGUUAUCAUUACCACAAACAUAGUUACACAGACAAGAGGGGAAUAAUCUUCAAGACUAUACUAUAAUCUGAACACUAAUGAUACGUUAAGUUUUACUUACGUAUUAUUACUUCAUUAAAUAGAUUUUGCUAGUUAAAAAAAAAUUAAUAAAAGUAAUAAAGCAACCACCUGUGGAGACUCUACACUGUCCCAGUGCCUAAUGCUUGUACAUAUGACAUCUACCAAUAUCCAUGACAAUUCUGUAAGAGGCAACCGAAACUAGAAAGGCUUGGUAAACUGCCCAAGUUCAUACAGGUGGUAAGUGGAGGAGCCAAGAUGAAAACUCAGGUCUGCAAGUCAAAGGGUGUGCAGUCUUUCUGGAGUGCCACAGACGGCAGUUCAGGCAGGCUGGACUGGUCACCGUGUGCAUGGGCAUCAGGGUCUUCAUCCAUUCCUCUCCAGUGCAACCUAGAAGGUCAAGGUUACUGAUGACCUUCAUAGUGCCAAAUCCAAUGGUUACUUCUCCGUCUUAAUCAACCUCACAGCAACAUUUGGUUCAGCUGACUAUUCUUUUGCUCUUGAAAUACUGUCUUCUUUGGUUUCCUCAACAACACACUAACAUGGUUUUCCUCCUCACUGGUUGCUCCUCCUCAGUAUUUUUUGCUGGCUGCUUCUGUGCUGGAGCCCUGGUAGCACAGAGGUUAAGAGCUUGGCUGCUAACCAAAAGGUUAGCGGUUUAAAUCCACCAGUUGCUUCU